AUGUCAACAGUGAACAUCACCUCUACCACUAACUCGCAACACUCUGUUGCUGAGGAUCUUCAAAAAAGUCGGACUGCACAUCCUCCUACCUAUAUUCUUCCCGAUCCUUUACGCAACUGGCCAUACGAGCGCGCAAUUAACCCUUACUUUGAAAGAGCUAAAGCCGAGUCUGCUGCAUGGACGAAGAGCUUUGGACAAUUUUCCCCCGCUGCGCAGGCUGCUUUUGAUGACGGAGUCUUCAGCCUAUCAGCAGCAUUGGGAUAUCCCACUGCCUCUCCGUACAUCCUGCGAAGCGCUUGCGAUAUAAUGCAAGCUUAUUUUAUUCUUGACGAUAACACGGAUGCUGUGAAUGCUGAAGUGGCCAGGUUACACUGCAACGCCGUCAUGGAGGCCGUUGUAAAUCCUGAUGUGCCCCGUCCAGAGGGCGAACCCAUCAUUGGCGAGAUUACACGACAAUGUUGGAAGCGGGCUUCUGUUGGUGCUCCGAACGCGGCCAAGGAACGCUUUGUCAAAACUUGGCUUGCCUAUGUCGAGACCAUAUAUCUGCAAGCAAAUCGACGUGAUAAAUCAUACAUAUGUACUAUCGAUGAGUAUAUUGCCACCAGACGUGAUAAUAUUGGGACGUACCCCACUUUCUUUUUCAUUGAAAUGUCCCUCGGCGUCGACAUUCCCCAUCACAUCAUGGACCAUCCUACCAUUGUCCGCCUUAACAGAGACACCAUUGACUUGACCAUACUUGGCAAUGACAUGUAUUCCUACAAGAAGGAGGUUUUGGCAGGCGAUGCCAGCUACAAUGCCGUCACUAUUGUGAUGCACAACCUUCGCCUCAGCCUUGAUGAAGCCAUUCAGUGGAUAUCCGAUCUUCAAGAUGACCUAGUGAUAAAUUUCCUUAAGCUUCGCGAAGACGUUGUGAACAAAAGAAACUUCCCAACCUACGGAGCUGAGAUGGACCGCCAAAUUGUAUCAUAUAUUGACGGCCUUGGUCAGUGGAUGCGCGGAGUUACAGAUUGGCAUUUCGAAUGUGGAAGGUACUUUGGGGACGAAGGGCUGGAAAUACAGAGAACUCGUAAAGUUGUCAUUGCUUGA